AUGGCUCUUCCCGGCCCCGGUGCCGCUGCGGUUCUUGUGUCGCAAUGGAUUCUCAUUACUAUUGCCGCCGUCGUCGUCUUAGCCCGCGUUUACUUGCGCCUCAAGAUCCAGAAGCGAAAAAUCCUGAGCAGCGAUCUCCUCAUGUGCGCCGCCUGGGUUUCCGCCGUCGCUACCGCCUCGUUCGACAUCAAGUUCGCGACCAUGGGGGCGCUUGAGCCCAAGGUCAAGACAACGCUGGCGGGAUACGAUGGCACUCCGGAGGAUAUCGUCUUGCUACUAAAGUUAUUCUGGGCGAGCAGCAUCCCGUUCUUCACCACGUUUUACCUCUGCAAAGCAGCACUCCUCGCCGUUUAUUUGCAAGUGUUUCCCAAGUUUAUGAAGAAACGGAGAAUUUUCCUCUGGGGCACGAUUGGUUUCGUCGCCGCGGCCUACAUCGUCAGCAUGCUGCUCGUCUUUUGCAUUUGCCUGCCAAUCGAGACGAACUGGUCUUUGGAUCCCGAGACGACAUGCCCCAAUGCGAGUGUUGCAUUGGUCUUCCAGGUCGGCUGGGCGCUGCAUUUCUCCGGCGAUAUUUUGAUCUUCGCCCUACCGUGGCUCAUCGUACCUGGACUCCAGAUGAAGUGGAAGCUCAAGAUGGGCGUGUACUGCACGUUCCUCCUGGGCACCAUCAACAUCAUUUUCUGCCUUGUUCGUUUCAUUACGAUCCAAACAUCUACCGUCGACAACGUGAUCCCGCUUAGUCUCGUUGAGCUUUGGAGCGCUCUCGACUGCAACAUCGGUCUUGUGAUUGCCUGCCUGCCCUCGCUACGACCAUACUUCAGGGGCCGAACCGGGUCAGAUUACCCUUACAACUCGUCUAACGUAUACUCCAAGUCGACGAAUACGAGGCCGGGCGACGGCUUUAAGGUGAUCAACGAACCUUACGGAGGCCAAGCCUCGUCCUCCGGGACCCCAAGACGCUCACCCCAUAUUUCAGCAUCUAAUUCCAAUGGCUUCGACGAGGAUCUGUGGGAGGAUGGAAAAAAGAGCAAUGCCAGCGACAUUGAAUUGGUUCACGUGAAGCCAGUACAAACAUGA